CCUGUCCUAGGAAUUCUGCCUUCGUAGGACAGAGGGGAGAGAGUCUGGGCGUUCCGUGACAGUUGGCCAGGCUAGUUCACGUGAAGGCAAUGGAGAAAGCAUCGGAAACCUUAUCAGAAGACAGCGACUCCUUGUCCCCUAAAGACAGUAAAAGGCAGACGCUCCUGAAACCCAGUCUGAAAAACAGCAUACAAAAGAGGAGUAUAAGUAUGUCGUGGGCCCCAGGAUCGAAGUCUGACGUCAGAAACUUGCCUGCUAAGCAUGGAGCCGUCUCUUCCCCAGAUUAUACUUCUAGAAGUCCUGCAGACAUCUGGAGAGAAAGUCGAUUUGUCCUAAGGGCCUGGGCUCUCACCGUGAGUGCUUUAGGCUUUUUUCCACUUCUCUCUUUGGCUGAUGGACGACUGGCUGUCAUUGAAGUGUCAGACUUUCACAGUGAAGUCUUGGGCUACUGGACCAACUGUAAACAGCAUUUCUGCCCAAACCUAGGCAAAGUCACAGUGAGUAAACACCUAGGAAUGGGCUUCAUGUUUCUUGCCCUGGCCAGCCAGACCUUCUGCCUCCUUUUCAUGGGCUUCUCUUUCCGACCCAUCUUCCGAAGAAUCAGUCGCUGCGAUUUGGUCUUUGCUGUCCUCCACUUUAACAAUGGAGCCCUGAUUUCCCUCAGUUUGCUGCUCUUCACUCUCGAAUGCUGGAACCUCUACCCCAUCGAGGUGCUCUACGUUACCCCGUACUACCUGUGCUGGGGUAGCGGCGUGAUGCAAUAUAUAUCAGCUGUGUCUCCCCUCCACCCCGCUCCAGGCGUCGUCUGCCUGUUCAACUACAAGCACAACCUCCCAGUUCCCUUUUCGCUCCCGAAGCUGAGCGUAAUCUUCUCGUACCAUCGAAGACACUCGAGCAUCAGCCCGAACGAUACAUACUCCCUCGGCACCCGGCGCAGGACCUGCUUCCAAUCUUUGCCUUAGAACUCCUUCUCGAUGUCCUAACCAGCCCCGUGUCUCCUGCCUCCCGCCUUCCCGUCGUUACUGACUCCCCAAUAAAUCCCGCGCUUCAGCGCAUCUCCGCCACCCA